AUGGAGGAUAUCAAUAUUCAACAGCUAAUUCCUAUCAAUGAGGUGUUCAAACUAGGUCAAUGGGAUUGGACAGUUCUAGUUCCAUACCCCAGUGAUCAGAUCAAAGAAAUCAUCAACAAUUUCUACAUUAGCCUAGACCACAACACUGAGGAUACCCCGUACUGGACACCUGCUGAGACAGGAAAUUUCUUAGUCUCUUCAUCUUGGAACCUUCUCAGACAUAAGAAACCAAUAGCCCCUAUUGAUUCAAGAUUAUGGCACAAAGAUGUCCCCUACAAAAUGUCUUGUAUCGCUUGGAGGGAAAUUCACUAUAGGCUUCCAACUGAUGAUAAAGUAGCCAAGAAAUUCAAAAUUACCUUUGUUUCUAAAUGUUUUUGUUGUAUUGGUACAGACAUGAUUCCAGGAAUAGAGACAGCUGAACAUCUCUUCUGCAAUGGGAAUUUUGCACAAUUGGUAUGGAGCUUCUUUGCAGGAAGGAUGGGAAUCAACACCAGAAAUUCAAACCUCAGGGAUUUGCUACACAGAUGCUGGAAUUGCACAACAAAAAAUCAUAUAGCGCCUUACAUUCUGAAGAUUCUCCCACCUAUCAUAAUGUGGGAACUUUGGGGAUCAAGGUGCAAUUCUAGAUAUGAAGAAGAAAAGCCCUCAACCAUCAGAUCUAUCUCCCUUAUCUUCUUCAACAUCUACCAGUUGUCCAAGAGAACCUUUGCAAAUCUGGAAAUCCCAAAUAAUUGGAAUAAUCUCCUCAAACUUAUGGAACCUAAACUAGUUGACACUUUCUCUGUGGCUAUCAAAUGGAUCAAACCACCUCUUCUUUUUGUAAAGAUGAAUUUAGAUGGAUCGUGUGUUGGUAGCUCAAGUGGAGGAGGUGGGGUGGUUAGAGAUUCGAUGGGAAAUUUUAUAAUGUCUUUUAUUCUUCCGCUGGGAAUUGGCACUAGCAACACUGCCGAGGCAAAUGCUUUUCUUUUUGGUCUCAAGUGGUGCAUCGACAAUGGAUACAAUCUCAUUAUUGCGGAGACUGAUUCCCUACUUCUUCGAAACUGCAUUUCAGAAAGUUUGGUCACACGAUAG